AUGUUAAAAUACUCAUGGGGGGCUUUUGGACGGGUUUUCCUGGCCAAAAAGAGAACAACAGGGGACCUUUUUGCCAUAAAGGUUCUUAAAAAGGCUGACAUGAUCCGGAAAAAUGCAGUUGAAAGUAUCUUGGCGGAACGUGAUAUUUUGAUUUCAGUUCGCAAUCCCUUUGUGGUUCGCUUCUUCUAUUCAUUCACUUGCCGAGAAAAUUUGUACCUUGUGAUGGAGUAUUUAAAUGGAGGGGAUUUAUAUUCGUUGUUGAGAAAUUUAGGCUGCUUAGAAGAAGAUGUUGCUCGUGUAUAUAUAGCAGAAGUGGUGCUUGCACUAGAAUAUUUACAUUCACUUCGUGUGGUUCAUCGUGAUUUGAAGCCAGAUAAUUUAUUAAUUGCUCAUGAUGGUCAUAUUAAGUUGACCGACUUUGGGCUCUCAAAGGUUGGUCUUAUCAACAGUACUGAUGAUUUAUCCGGCCCAGCCGUAAGUACCACAUCUCUAAUGGUGGAAGAUGAGCUCGAGUUAUCUGUGCCUGAGCAUCAGCAAGAAAGACGAAAGAAACGUUCUGCUGUUGGCACACCUGACUAUUUGGCACCAGAGAUACUAUUGGGAACAGGACAUGGUACAACUGCCGAUUGGUGGUCAGUUGGUGUGAUUUUGUUUGAAUUGAUUGUUGGUAUUCCACCCUUCAAUGCAGAGCAUCCUCAGGUAAACAUGUUGAUUCUACAAGAUUCCAUCAUUGAUGAUGUUUGUUGCAUUCUGUUUGAUUUGCUCUUGUUGUAUCAUUUUUGUUAUUUAUUAUACUUAAUGUUUUGAACUUGUAUAAACCUCUCCAUUUUUUCUGCGUUUUGCUUUGUUGGAUUAUGGUGCCAAAGGACAAGCUUAUUGCACUUUCUUUACGUAUCUUUUCACUGGUCUUGUGGGGUCUUGAGUAGAAUCUUGAACUGAUAAAGAAAUGAUUGUUUCAAAUAUAUAAUUUUGUUAUA